GUCGUGCUUGCUUGGUAGAGGAGGGAUUGGUAAGGCGGCGGCGGCAGCAGAACAGCAGCAGUGGCGGCGACGGUGGCGAGGUGUUCGGUCUGCGCAGCACAGAAACGCCCACAGCUUCGGGGAAGGAGUUCCUGUGGGAGUAAAUUAGGCAUUCUAAACCCAAACCGGGUGAGCUGGGCCGAACCAGGCGCUGCCGCUCGCACAGUUUUGGUGGCGGUGACAGUCGCUGCUGUUGACUAUAGGGGCCUAUUAGGCCGAGAUCUGAAUCGCAGAUCACUGGCUCUCGACACGUCCUCUUCCACUCUUCUAUCUCCUGUCUUCCUUACUGGGCCAGCGAUUCCAGGACCCUGGGAAGAGGGUGGCUAAUGAUUAAGGCCGUCCUUAACGUUUCCCAUGUCUCAAUGGACUCCUGAAUAUAGCAAGCUCUAUACCUUAAAAGUGGAUAUGAAGAGUGAGAUUCCUUCUGAUGCACCAAAGACACAGGACAGUCUGAAAGGGAUCCUCUUGCAUCCAGAGCCCAUUGGGGCAGCCAAAAGUUUCUCUGCAGGAGUUGAGAUGAUUAAUAGUAAAGUGGGGAAUGAGUUCCCUCAUUUGUGUGAUGAUUCUCAAAAACAAGAGAAGGACAUGAAUGGUAACCAACAAGAACAAGAAAAAAGUGUUGUUGUGAGGAAAAAACGCAAAAGCCAGCAGGCUGGCCCUUCGUACAUGCAAAAUUGUGUUAAAGAGAACCAGGGAAUAUUAGGAUUGAGGCAACACCUGGAAGCACCAAGUGAUGAAGACAAUGACUUCUUUAGCGAUUGUCUUUCUUCUCAUUCCUCUAGUUUGCAUUUUGGAGAUUCUGAUACUGUGACUUCAGAUGAGGAUAAAGGAGUCUCUGUCAGACAUUCCCAGGCAAUUUUGAGUGCUAAAAGUAGAACUCAGAAUGCACGGUCCCAAAAGUGGCCUCCUACUGAGACAGAAACUGUUUCCGGAUUGUUAAUGAAAGACCCCUGUUUUCAUAGCAGUUCACUAAGGAGACUUCCAUGCAGAAAGAGAUUUGUGAAAAAUAAUUCCUCACAGAGGACACAGACAAAGGAGAGGAUAUUAAUGCAGAGGAAAAAACGAGAAGUGUUAGCCCGAAGAAAAUAUGCAUUGCUCCCCAGUUCUAGUAGUUCUAGUGAAAAUGACCUCAGCAGUGAAUCCUCUUCGAGCUCAUCAACUGAAGGAGAAGAUUUGUUUGUUUCCACCAGUGAAAACCACCAAAACAAUCCAGCUGUUCCCUCAGGAAGUAUCGAUGAAGAUGUUGUGGUGAUAGAAGCUUCUUCCACUCCCCAGGUCACUGCCAAUGAAGAAAUUAAUGUUACCUCAACUGAUAGUGAAGUGGAGAUUGUAACAGUUGGAGAAAGCUAUCGGUCUCGUUCAACCCUUGGACACUCCAGAUCUCACUGGAGCCAAGGUUCAAGUUCUCACACAAGUCGGCCACAGGAGCCACGGAACCGCAGUAGGAUUUCUACUGUGAUACAGCCCUUGAGGCAGAAUGCAGCAGAAGUGGUGGACCUUACCGUUGAUGAAGAUGAACCUACUGUAGUACCAACCACUUCUGCAAGAAUGGAAUCACAAACCACAAGCGCUUCCACUAACAAUUCCAAUCCAUCUACCUCUGAGCAGGCCUCUGAUACUACUUCAGCUGUCACUAGUAGCCAACCCUCCACAGUGUCAGAGACUUCAGCUACUCUUACAAGCAAUAGUAUGACUGGUACUUCUAUAGGAGAUGACUUGAGGAGAACUGCAUCUAGUGCUGUAAUGGAAAAUGGCCCUCCUGCAAUGCCAAGGUUACCUUCCUGCUGUCCUCAGCACUCGCCAUGUGGAGGGUCGUCACAGAAUCACCAUGCAUUAGGACAUCCCCACACAAGUUGCUUUCAACAGCAUGGCCACCAUUUUCAACACCAUCACCACCACCAUCAUACUCCUCACCCAGCUGUCCCAGUUUCUCCCUCCUUUAGUGAUCCUACGUGCCCUGUGGAGAGACCUCCACAAGUACAAGCACCUUGUGGAGCAAAUACUAGUUCUGGUACCAGCUACCAUGACCAGGCUUUGCCAGUAGACCUGAGCAACAGUAGUAUCAGAAGUCAUGGAAGUGCUGGUUUUCACGGAGCAUCUGCAUUUGACCCCUGCUGCCCAGUUUCUUCUUCCCGAGCUGCAAUCUUUGGCCAUCAGGCUGCUGCUGCUGCCCCGAGCCAGCCAUUAUCACUAGACGGUUAUGGAUCAAGUAUGGUUGCGCAGCCCCAGCCCCAGCCCCCUGCACAAGCCUCACUGUCAUCAUGUCGACAUUAUAUGCCACCUCCUUAUGCUUCUUUGACAAGACCACUUCAUCAUCAAGCCUCUGCCUGCCCCCACUCUCAUGGAAACCCUCCUCCUCAGACUCAGCCUCCACCCCAAGUGGAUUAUGUUAUUCCUCAUCCUGUCCAUGCUUUUCAUUCUCAAAUGUCUUCUCAUGCAACAUCUCACCCGGUGGCACCCCCACCCCCAACUCAUUUAGCCAGCACAGCUGCACCAAUCCCUCAGCAUCUUCCUCCCUCACACCAGCCAAUUUCACACCAUAUUCCAGCCACAGCACCUCCAGCACAGAGACUACAUCCUCAUGAGGUGAUGCAGAGGAUGGAAGUGCAAAGGAGGAGGAUGAUGCAGCAUCCAACGCGGGCACAUGAACGCCCCCCACCCCAUCCGCAUAGGAUGCACCCAAACUAUGGUCAUGGGCAUCAUAUUCAUGUGCCUCAGACUAUGUCCUCACAUCCUCGACAGGCUCCAGAGAGGUCUGCCUGGGAGCUGGGAAUUGAAGCUGGAGUGACCGCAGCUACUUACACACCUGGAGCUUUGCACCCUCACUUGGCCCAUUACCAUGCACCACCUCGACUUCAUCACCUCCAAUUAGGAGCACUUCCUUUAAUGGUUCCUGACAUGGCAGGCUACCCUCAUAUCCGAUACAUUUCAUCAGGCUUGGAUGGAACAUCAUUCAGAGGUCCUUUCAGGGGCAAUUUCGAGGAACUGAUUCACUUGGAAGAAAGAUUAGGAAACGUCAAUCGUGGAGCAUCCCAGGGAACGAUCGAAAGAUGUACAUAUCCACAUAAAUACAAAAAGAGGAAACUGCACUGCAAACAAGAUGGGGAAGAAGGUACUGAGGAAGACACAGAGGAAAAGUGUACUAUCUGUUUAUCUAUUUUAGAGGAAGGUGAAGAUGUGAGGCGCCUUCCCUGUAUGCACCUUUUCCACCAAGUGUGUGUCGACCAGUGGUUGAUCACCAAUAAGAAGUGCCCCAUAUGCAGAGUGGACAUCGAGGCCCAGCUGCCAAGUGAAAGUUGACACCAUGUUUCAGAACUCUCGCCCCGCUCCUCCCCGCCCUCCCGGUACUGCAGUCAACCAAAGAUGGCAUGACUUACCUGCGCAGACUUGGAAGCCUUGAACUUAGAGUGCUGGCUCUGCUACAUGGUACAACUAAUGCUAGACCUACAGUUUAUGUAUACAGUUGAUUUUGAAAUGUAUUUAUAAAAGCUUUUUUUUCUAGAUUUGACAUUUUUCCCUGUAUCAUUUUACUGUAUUUUUGCAUGGUUCCUUGUAUUGCAUUUCUUUGCACAUAUUAUGGGCUUGUGACCCUAAACUUGCAGGCAAGAUUAGCUGCUUUAGUAAGUAGAACUUUGUGGUCUUUUUUUUUUUUUUUUUUUUUACAUAGUACCAGGUUUUAAGAAUUAUGAAUUUUUUAUUCAUUACUAACCUUUAAUUUAAUCAAUCAUGUACUUUAGUUUGAUGUAUAAAGAUCCUCUAGAAAAUGAUAAUAUUGUGUAUUAAGACAUUCCUUAAUUAGGACAAAAAUGGCUGCUGUAUAUUUACAAUAUGGAGUUCUGAGUUAAAUACCAUCCUUAAUACUGGGAACAGAAUACAAACCAUAUUCGAUCAGAUGCAGGUGGUAUUCACACCACCAGUGAUCAAUAGAAAUUUUCUUGGCAUAUCCUUUUCCUUCAGCACAAUGCAGAGAGUUGAUACUGAUAUUACACAUUUAGACUGCUGUUCUGAUUAUAUUUAUCUUUUUCCUACUUCGUUUAGAACUUUAUUUCCCUGAUUCAAUUUUUGCUGCUGUGAAACAGCUCUGAUGAACACUAAAUAUUAAUUUCAAUAGCUGGAUUGUACAUACUUGCAGAUUUAACAAAAUUUUGGGGAAAUUGAAGAAGACAUGUAGUAUUUUGUUCAGUCUUCUGCUAAGCACGGAUAGUAAAGAUAUCUGCUUACGUUGGUUUGUAAACACAGUCAGGAUUUAGAACCGCAGUCAUUGGCAGGUAUCUACGCAUUCAUACUCAAGGUCCCAGGAUCACUUUUAGGGAUUUUAUUAGUUUAAAGAUAAAUAAAGUUAGCUGAAUCUACAUGUCUCUUGUUUUAUUUCUCUUUAAACUUGAAAACAGUAAAUCUGCAGAUACUGUGAGGCACAAAUUAUACUGUCAACCUACUGUCGCGCUGGUUUUCAGACUCCCACUUCAUACGUGACCAAGAGUCGAUCACUGAUUCAAAAUUUUUAAUUUCUAUAGUUAAGAUUUACUACAUAAUAUAGAAUAUAAAGUUAAGUUAACAUACUAACAUUUCUCCUUUGGAGAAAGUUUUAAUCCACUUCAGGAUUCAUAUUAUCAAGAUACUUUCAUAUACAGGAUAGCCUAAUUUUAUUUGUUUAAAUAUGCUUAAUAUGUCCCAGAUUGCAAAUGCACCAGUCAGUAGCAUCACUGUCUGUAUGUGGAAGACAUGUUCCCAUGGGUCAUAUGUGAAGAUGUCAAUGAGCUUGCAUUAAGCCACCUGCUUUGUAAGUGGAUUGAUUAAUAAAUAACUUAUAUUUCUA